AAAAUGUUCAUCGGAGGAUUGAAUUGGGAAACCACGGAUCAAUCACUCAAAGAAUAUUUUUCGCAGUUCGGCGAGGUUACAGAAUGCACAGUAAUGCGAGACGGUGCCACGGGGCGUUCACGUGGAUUUGGCUUUCUUACCUUCAGGGACCCUAAGACUGUCAAUAUUGUCAUGGUAAAGGAGCAUUACUUGGAUGGUAAAAUUAUUGACCCCAAGCGUGCCAUUCCUCGCGAUGAGCAAGAGCGCACGAGCAAAAUCUUUGUCGGUGGUGUCAGCCAGGAAGCAACGGAGCAAGAUUUUAAAGAGUUCUUCAUGCAGUUCGGAAGAGUUGUCGAUGCUACCCUGAUGAUGGACAAAGAUACUGGCCGUCCAAGAGGUUUCGGAUUCGUGACCUUUGAUAGUGAAGCGGCUGUAGAAGCGACUCUCUCACAGCCACUCGAUAUCUUGGGGAAACCGAUUGAGGUCAAGAGAGCCCAACCUCGA